AGUCUCGGCCUCACCCUUCCAGUGAAAUGACGUUUCCUCAUAGCCGCUUACUUUUUCCUCUGACAAAGCCGCCAUCUGAGAAAGAACAAAUGGUGACCCGCUUCGGAAAACUUUUAUUUUUCCGGAUAACGGGCUGUUUAGACCAAGUUUGAAGUCAUUAAAAAAAAAAUGGGUUAGAAAAUGAAGUGAAAGGAGAAUGUUGACGUUUUAAAAUGUUUCCCUUUUGGCCGGCGUGCUGACACGCCUGAAAUCCCAGCUCAGGAGGCAAAGGAAUGGGGAUCAUUGCAAAUUCGAGGCCAGCGUGGUCUCUGUAUAUAGUGAGUUCAGGGGUACGAUCUCAAAAUCAUUCUAAAAUGCUUCCCUUUAAGCACACUGAACGGUAGGUAAGAAAGACACUAGACCGCACAGUUCGGCUUAGCCCCGAAACUGGAGCGGGUAGAGGAUUUCGCCACAUUUGAGUUUCCACGUUAGACCGCGAACCUUGGUCUCCAGCCGCUGCGCCCGGAACCACGGAACGCAGUUUCAGCGGGCUCAGUUUUCCCGCAGGGAGCCCGAGUCCACCCGCAGCCUUCCUUCCUGCGCAGGCGCAGUGCCACUUACCCGGCAUGGAAGUGGUAGGUGUCUUGUGUGUGGCGGUGGCUGUCCUGACUUGGGGCUUCCUCCAGGUUUGGAACUCGGCGGAACGAAUGAGGUCUCCGGAGCAGGCGGGCCUGCCGGGAGCCGGAAGCCGGGCCCUUGUAGUGAUCGCGCACCCGGACGAUGAAGCCAUGUUCUUUGCUCCCACGAUGCUAGGCUUGGCACGCCUGGAGCAGCAGGUGUCCCUGCUCUGCUUCUCCUCAGGAAAUUACUACAAUCAAGGUGAGAUUCGAAAGAAAGAACUUCUGCAGAGCUGUGCUGUUUUGGGGAUUCCGCCUUCCCGUGUAAUAAUUAUUGACACGAGGGAGUUUCCGGAUGACCCAGAAGUGCAGUGGGACACGGAGCGUGUGGCCAGCACCCUCCUCCAGCACAUACUCACCAGUGGCCCUGACCUGGUGGUGACUUUUGAUGCAGAAGGAGUCAGUGGGCACAGCAACCAUAUUGCUUUGUACAAAGCUGUGAGGGCCCUGCACUCAGGAGGGAAGCUGCCUAAAGGGUGCCGUGUACUCACACUCCAGUCUGUGAACAUGCUUCGGAAGUACGUCUUCCUCCUGGAUCUGCCCUGGUCUCUACUGUUGCCCCAGGACGUUCUCUUUGUACUCACCAGCAAAGAAGUGGCACAGGCCAAGAAAGCCAUGUCCUGCCACCACAGUCAGCUCCUCUGGUUCCGCCACCUCUACAUCCUCUUCUCCAGAUAUAUGAAAAUCAACUCACUGCAGUUCCUCUGAAGCCUUGGAGAAUUGUCAGAUCCUCAGAACAAAAUGGAGAAGCAGAACAAGAAGUCCCCUGGCCAGGCUCUGGACUGACUUACCUGCUUGCCCCAGGGAAACCCCAGCAAAGCAGCCUCUGCCAAACAGAGACGACGUGGUCACUGGGUCACCCCAACCCAGCUUCCUCUUCUGGGGAAAACCUGCCAAAACCAAACCUACACCAACACAAUAAUAGUCACCCCACUAAUUUACCAGUAGUUAGCAUGAUAACAGAAUUUUCACCAGACCUCUAGCAUAGCCUAGGAAGAUUGCCUUUACCAUAAAUGAGUGUAAACGUGCCACAGAACCAGUUCCCAGGUAUGACUUUUACACUGCUUCCAGACCUGACUGUCUUGGUCAAUCUGCUGUUCCUGGAACCCGACUCCCUUCACAUCUGCUGAGCUGCAGUUUACUUGGAUCACAGUUCUGAUGCCUGUGAAGCCCAAGAGCAUAGCAGCCUCUGCACGACAGCUGGUGAGCCCCCCACCCAUCUCUAAGGCAAAGGCAGCCAUCACUAGGAGAAAGAGCCCGGGAGCCAGAGCGCUCCUUCAGAACAAAGCCACAUCUACAAAUAACCCAGUCACCUCCAAAAGUCCUCACCCUAAACCCCGGGGCUUUGAAGACACUUGAUUUCCAGAGGACACAGCCAAACCCUAGCACAGGUUCAUCACAGAUACACACAUACACACACACACAUACACACACAGUCUUCGGGUACUUCAACCAUAAUUCCUUGAGUUUUUAUUUGUUCCCCCCUUAUGAGAACUUUACAGUCUAGAGAAGCUGUGCUUAUCACCAUGGUGAUGUGUGUGUGUGUGUGUGUGUGUGUGUGUGUGUGUGUGUGUGUGUGUGUGAGAGAGAGAGAGAGAGAGACAGAGACAGAGACAGAGAGAGGGAGAAAGAGAGAGACAGAGAGACAGAGAUGAUCAUGGAGGUCCUCCCUUUUAGGAGCCAAUAAACAUCUUGCUUCUCUGCCUUUUCAAAGUAGGAGCUGGGCCCACACUUUUAAUCCCAGCACUUGGAAACAGACACAGAUGAAUCUCUGUGAGUUUGAGGCUAGUCUGAUCUAUGUAGUGAGAUCCAGACCAACCAGGACUCACAGAGAAAGACCCUAUCUCCAGUGUGUGUGUGUGUGUGUGUGUGUGUGUGUGUGUGUAAUUUUUUAAAAAAGAAAAAGACAAACAUCUGAUAGUGAAAUAUUGAAACAAUACAAAAUAAAGUAUGGGAAGCUGGGCAUAGUGGUAUAUGCCUUUAUUCCCAGCAUUCAGAAGGCAGAGACAGGUGGAUAUCUGUAAGUUUGUGACCAGCCUGGUCAACAUGUGAGUUCCAGGACAGCCAGAGCUACAUAAUGAGUCUCUUAAAAAAGUAAAAAAUAACCUCAAAUAAAUAUGAGUAUUCUAAUAGGACAGAUAGUGAUAAAACUACAUAAAGCAAUAUACCCACAUGUAAAAAUCUACAUGAUAAUGAACAAAUAAUUUUCUUAACCUAAUUUGUUUAGGGGAAAAACUGUAUUUCCAUACCCACAUGUGUAAACAAGCAGAGGCUUCCCAUGCCUGUGGAGCUGUCUCUGAAGAUUCCUUUUGUACUGUGUUCCUUCACUGAGCCCUCUGCAAGGCUGAUUCACUAAUUAGCAAUGAUACAGAGGUUGAAAGGCUGCACCAAGUUAUAUUGGGGUAUCCUUAGACACCUUACUCUCUGUCCGCUCCCCACUUCUGACCUAGCAUCUUUGUGACCCUUGGGUAAACACGUGAGAAACAGAAGCAGAUCCCUAGUUCCCACCAACCAAAAGGCUAAGGAUUCUCUUAGUAUCUGAGGCCCACACCCGAGAUUCCUGCUUUCCUGUGACCUGAUGUUCCCACUGUGUGUGUGAGAGCUGCCCAUGUGUGACUGUGUGUGUGUGAGAGCUGCCCAUGUGUGACUGUGUGUGUGAGAGAGCUGCCCAUGUAUGACUGUGUGUGUGAGAGCUGCCCAUGUAUAACUGUGUGUGUGAGAGAGCUGCCCAUGUAUGACUGUGUGUGUGUGAGAGCUGCCCAUGUAUGACUGUGUAAGAGAGCUGCCCAUGUAUAACUGUGUGUGUGAGAGAGCUGCCCAUGUAUGACUGUGUGUGUGUAAGAGAGAGCUGCCCAUGUAUAACUGUGUGUGUGAGAGCUGCCCAUGUAUGACUGUGUGUGUGAGAGCUGCCCAUGUAUGACUGUGUGUGUGAAAGCUGCCCUGUAUGACUGUGUGUGUGUGUGAGAGAGAGCUGCUCAUGUAUGACUGUGUGAGAGAGCUGCUCAUGUAUGACUGUGUAUGUGAGAGCUGCCCAUGUAUGACUGUGUGUGUGUGUGAGAGAGAGAGAGAGAAAGAGAGAGAGAGAGAGAGAGAGCUGCUCAUUUAUGACUGUGUAUGUGAGAGCUGUCCAUGUAUGACUGUGUGUGAGAGAGCUG